GCGGCGGCCGCGCCCCAUGGCAGACGAUGAGAAGGCCGGCGGGAGUUCCGCGGACGGCGGCGAGAGCGCGCACUGCAACGUGCUGAGCUGGGAGCAAGUGCAGCGUCUGGACCGCAUCCUCAGCGAAACCAUCCCCAUCCACGGCCGCGGGAACUUCCCCACGCUCGCCAUGCAGCCUCGCCAGAUCGUCAAGGUGGUGCGGAGCCGGCUGGAGGAGAAGGGCAUCGGCCUGCGGGACGUGCGGCUGAACGGCUCGGCCGCCAGCCGGGGGGGGGGGGGCUCGGCCGCCAGCCACGUCCUCCACCAGGACAGCGGCCUGGGCUACAAGGACUUGGACCUCAUCUUCUGCGCCGACCUCAAAGGAGAAGCCGAAUUUCAGACUGUGAAGGACGUGGUCUUGGACUGCCUCUUGGAUUUCUUACCCGAGGGGGUGAAUAAGGAGAAGAUCACGCCUCUCACUCUCAAGGAGGCUUAUGUGCAGAAAAUGGUAAAAGUAUGCAAUGAUUCAGACCGAUGGAGUCUUAUCUCCCUGUCCAACAACAGUGGCAAAAAUGUGGAGCUGAAAUUUGUGGACUCUCUGAGGCGGCAGUUUGAAUUCAGUGUCGAUUCCUUUCAAAUCAAGCUGGACUCCCUGCUGCUUUUUUAUGAGUGCUCAGAGAAUCCGAUGACUGAAACUUUUCACCCAACUAUCAUUGGCGAGAGCGUUUAUGGGGAUUUCCAGGAAGCCUUUGAUCACCUCUGCAACAAGAUAAUUGCCACCAGAAACCCAGAAGAAAUCAGAGGAGGUGGUCUUCUGAAGUACUGCAACCUUUUGGUAAGGGGCUUUAGGGCAGCCUCUGAAUCUGAGAUUAAAUCCCUGCAGAGAUACAUGUGUUCGAGGUUUUUCAUUGACUUCUCAGACAUUGGCGAACAGCAGAGAAAGCUGGAGUCCUACUUGCAGAACCACUUUGUGGGAUUAGAAGACCGCAAGUAUGACUAUCUCAUGACCCUUCACGGUGUGGUGAAUGAGAGCACAGUGUGCCUGAUGGGACAUGAGAGGAGACAGACUCUGAAUCUGAUCACCAUGCUGGCCAUCCGGGUCCUAGCCGAGCAAAAUAUCAUCCCCAACGUGGCCAAUGUCACCUGCUAUUACCAGCCAGCCCCAUACGUAGCAGAUGCCAACUUCAGCAAUUACUAUAUUGCCCAGGUUCAGACGGUGUUCCCUUGCCAGCAGCACACAUACUCUACUUGGCUGCCCUGUAAUUAAGGGCCAAAAUUAGUAGACCCCGUGGAGAGAACUUUUUUUUCUAAGAUGUAGGAAGGGGCGAUGGGUCCCUCUGAAAUGGGGUGUUUUGUGCAAUGAUGAUCUGCUCUAGUUUUCAAGCUUGGGACAAGCUUGUGGUUCUUCUAAUAAUUAAUGGGAGCUUGAUCAAGAAAGAACCCCAAAAUAAUUGGAUCCUACCCCAGAGCACAAGAGGCCUGUCAUUAAAAGCAACCAGCUUCUCCUGAAAUAAGUGAGGGAGGAAUGCUUGAUGACAAUAUGGGUUGGCAAUAUCUGCUCCCAUAGCUUUGGCAUAGAGAAGGUGGGAAAGCCUUAUUUUCUUUUAUUUUUAUUCUUACUCUAGAAUGGGAUCUGCAAAAGGGAGAAUAUGAAAGAAACAAAACAAACAAAAAAAAAACAACAAAAGAAAAAAAAACUUCACAAAAAACAGUUCUAUAUAUAUUCAGGAGUUAAGAGUUAGAGGCAUAAAGCAGAGAUAAGCUGAAUAAAGUUGUAUAUUGGAAUUACUGCAUUUGGGGCUUGCAGCAAGUGCCGUCUAUGGAUUGACCGUGUAGAAUGUAUAGCUUGCUUGACUAGGAUGCUUUACCAGAAACAGCUUGCUCCAAAUGAACAGUAGUGGAUUGGUACAGUUAUAAAAACAGAAACACGUACGAUGACAAAGUCCAUUAUUUCCAGCUGUGUGCAUGCCUCACAUUUUAGAAAUGUGAGAAUGCUGGAAAACCAGCUGUGGCAAGAAGUAUAUACUUAAGGACCAAAGAUUUCACACAAAAGUUAUCCAAGCAAAGAAGAUAC